AUGUCUUCAUCAAUUAAAAUUUGUCUUCUUUUUAUUUUCGCAACUUUAGUAAUUAAUAGUCAACAACAAUGUGUUCCUAUAGGUGGUAGUUGUGUGAAUAAAUUUUGUUGUGGUGAUCUACUUUGCUUUAAAUGGGGUAAUGGCCAUCAAUGCCACACUUGUAAAAAAAGGGAACAAAGUGUGAUCCGACAGCUUUACAGAAUGAUUUUUGUUGUAAUGUUUGUAAUAUUAAUAAAGUUUGUACUUAAAGAUGAAAAAGAAUGUGUGGAGGAUUUAAAAAAGAGAGGAUUUCCUAUUAAAGGAUUUUUAAUUAAAAUAAUCGGGACUUUUUUUCAAAAAAAAAAUAAAUCUAUAUGGUAA